AAGAGCACUGAGAACAUUCAGGCCUCCAACAUGAGCAGGAAAAGGAGGAGAAGCUACAAGAGCAGGAAAAGCCCAGAUACCAGGGAAAAUGAACAUAUGCCAGUCAUCUGCAGAUGCCAGCAAAACACUGAAGGUGUUGAAGGCAGAGGAAAUAAGCACCCAGUAGAAGCUAAUAAUCAUGGAGCUGAGGACAUAGGACAGUCAGACAAAAAUAGAAGCAAUCAUUCUUGCACACUAGAGAAUGGGAGAAAGAACAAUGAGGGUGCUCUUGAAAACAGAGAAGAAGAAAACAUAUCUGACAGUGCGAAAGAAGGAAAACAAGAAAAAGAUUGUCCUUUGCUGGAUUUCUCUCAGCAAGAUGAAGUCUUAGCAGUGAUAAGUGUUGAUGAAUCAGAAACCUCAACAGGAAACAUCACACUGGAAUGCAGCUCCGACAGUGUGCAUUCUCCUCAGUCAGAGAAUGUAUUUAUUGCAGAAGUGAAAUGUGGUUCCUUUAAUAUGAAAGUGGAAGUGAAGAAAGAUUCACUUCCUGGAGCAGACUCCGCAUCUGGAAAAUGGAAAUGUCCUGAGAAUAGGUGUUAUCAUAAAGGACACUAUUGUAAGCAGCACAAGGAGCGAAGAGCAUCCAGCAAUCUUUCUGGAAAAUAUGAGACACCAUCGAAAUGCAAGAUCCAAAUGGCCAGUAACCCAAAUCCAUCCAUGUCAAUUAGCAUUGUAGGGAAGGAAAUCAAGGUGCAAUAUAUCAACAGGAAGCAGAAACUAAGGGUUAGUAUUGAGCCUGGUGUUGAAGCAAGGAAAUGUGGCCCGGCUAGGAGCUCAAAAUAUGGAAACAUGUCCAGUGAUACAGAUUAUUCUACCACCGAGGAAUCUUAUUCAGAUUUUGAGUCAGAUUUUAGCUUUCAGGAGAAGGAGGAAUCAUUCACAAGUUACAUGGGUCCAGAGUGGGAUGCCCCAAUACCUCCACCAGCUGAGUUUGCUGACUCUGAGGAAAUCUGCUUAGAUAGUGCCACUGAAGUUGUAUCCUUAAGUCCAGCAGGUGACAUGAACAUGUCAGAUACUUUCUCAGCUGCCUUAAAUUGUGGAGAAGGAAGUAAUCUCUGUCAAGAGAAAGGUGACAGAAGGAAGGCGUGUGCCAAUGGAAAUGAUUUCUAUAAAGAAAUUGUUUUUUCAGAAUUUAGCUAUACUGGAGAAUCUCCUCUAGAAGACUGCAGUUCCAGAGAAAUAUAUCCUGGAAAGAAACCUAAUGAUGAGAUGCGUGAUGCUCACCAAGUAAGGAACAGCAGUCUAAUAGACACAAGGAAUAUUAUGCGUGUUUCACAUAUGGAAUCAAAAAACACAAGAAGCAAUUCUUUCCCAGCCACCCCUGUUGAUAUAUUGUCAUCAUUUCACCCUAGAAGAGACUCUGGUUUCUAUUCAAUGCCAUCUUUAUCCUUAAAAGUGCUACCCAAGCCAAGCAAAGCAUUGAACCCUUACAGCAAAAAUGCCCAUACGCCUACCAGCUGUACAGAACUUUCCUCAAGUUUUGCAUCAUUGUUUGGUAAUCUCAGAGAUCUUAAAUGCUGCUAUUCCUUCACCUCGUAUGACCAUGAAAUGACUGUGUAUCAUGCUGAGCUGGAAGAAAAUCUAGGCAAUGCUUUUUUCAUGGAUCACUCUUUAGAAUACAUAGAGGACUGUAGAGAAAUGGAUUGGGUGGCUGGAGAGGAUUUUCAUACCAUUGCCAAUUCCAAUUCCAAUGAAGAACAUAAGGAAGAAUGUGGACCCAUUGAGCCUCUGAGAACACUAGAUGUAUCUGAGGAAUACACAGAACUCACAAAUGGUGGAAAUGAAUUUGAGGUUCUAAGCAGUGAUCACUACAAAGUCCAGGCAUACAUAGAAUUACAGAAUGAAGAAUUAUUAAAUCAAGUUUCCUUGCAUUCUGGAAACCAGUCUAGUGACGAUAAAGAUGACAAUAACAUUGCUGCUACAGAAAGCAUCCAAGGCCAAUUCUCUGCAGAACAGCCCAAUGGAAAUCAUCAGCUGAGUAUUGCAGAGUCUGAUAUAACGAAGAAACGGAGAAGAUCAGUGAUGACUGUAAUAACUGGAGAAUUAGAACGAAGACUUAUCAUUCAAGGUGACAGAAAGUCUGUGGCAGAAUCUUUUGACUUGACAAUAAAAAAGGAGCCCUUAUUGCCUUGCAGCGUAAGAGAAGCAUUUAUGUCACCUCUGUUGGAUGCUGAGGAACCAGAUUUUGAUAAUGAAUCCCAGAGCUUUGCAGAAGUUGAGGAGAUGCCUGAAGACAUGCAUGAAGAUUGCCAAGAUGCUUCUGCCCAGGCUGAUGCUGUAUCUUGCUCUUCAGAAGACGAGCAGGUUUUGGCUGAUACUGAAGCACCCGAGAUGCUUUCCAGCAAACAAGAUAUAUGUUCGUCUGAUCUUUCUGGAAAACAUUUAGCAACAGAUCAAGUGCAGGAGUUACUCAAACCUAGUUGUGAAAAACCAGAGGUACAAAGUGAAAUAAAGACGGAUUUGGGCCAGAGCCCAGACACUUUGCCCCCAAACAACCAGACAGCUGCUGCGUUGGAAGACACGGGCAAAAUACUGUCUGAUGAGCAAGCAUCAAAUGACGCCAGCAGUUCCCAUGAAGAAGCAGUAGAUCGUUGGGCCAGACGAAGGAAACAAUUCCAAAACAGCAAGAGAUGUGGUUCGGCUGGUGGGAGUUCCAUAAUCAGCAGUAUCACAGAAGGAUCAAUAAACUCGGAGGAUGGCCGUUCAGUGGAUCUAGGUCUGCGUGGUGAAAGUGAAGAGAGAGGUUUCUACACUGAGAUCUUCCACUCAAUGUCUUGGGUGUUCAGAGGGGAUGAUGCCAGUCCAGAUAACAGCCCCAGGUGUCUUAGCAAAAGGCCCAGACCCGUAGCAGUCCGUGAACGAACUGUAAGAAUUGCUAAAGGAACGGGCGAUUACCCCUGGGGAUUCCGGAUCCAAUUCUCGAAGCCCAUCCUUGUAACUGAAGUGGACACCAACAGCUCAGCAGAAGAAGCAGGCCUCCAGAUUGGAGAUAUUGUGAUGGCUGUCAAUGGAAUGGACGUUAGCAGCAUGCCACACUCAGAGGCUGCAAAUUUGGCAAGAAAAGGUCCAGAUAUCUUGACAUUGUUGGUUGGCUCUGAUAUCAGUCGUUGUCCCAACACCCCUCGCCCAACAUGUCGAGGAUAUCUGCACAAACGAACCCAGUCAGGAAUCCUGAAGGGCUGGAGGAAGAGAUGGUUUGUGCUAAAGCACGAUGGCUGCCUCUACUAUUACAAACACAAAAAGGAUGAAGGAAAGUGCAGACCAUUAGAAGUCACAAAGUUAGAAGGUGCUGAAAUUGGUGUGGACAGUACCCUGGGCAAGCCCUUUGUAUUUAAGUGCAUUCCUCAGACUGGAAACAGGAUUUUUUACUUCUGUGCCACAUCAAACCAAGAGAUGAAGAGGUGGCUGGAGGCCAUGGAGAAAGCUGUGCAUCCCGUUCAUCAGAACCACGUCUGGGUAGAUGUCACCAUGCACAACACAAGCCUUCCACCACUUGCCAUCAAAAACCCGGAGUGCCUGGGACUUCUUCACCAAUUGGACAAGAACAAGGACAUGUGGGUUCAACACUACUGCAUUCUGAAAGAUGGCUGCUUGUAUUUUUAUGCCAGCAUACGCUCUACACAUGCCCUUGGUGGGAUUUACCUGCAGGGAUACACUGUGAGUGAACAGGCCCUUGGUUCCAGGAGGUCCGUGAUUGAAGUGAAGCCACCUUCGGAGGAGUUUAAAACCUUCUACUUAUGUGCAGAAAGUGUGACCGAAAACAAACGAUGGAUCACGGCACUGAAAGCCUCGGUCAGUAAGUGGUUGCCAUUAAACCAGGCCAUUCAAGACUUCAUGAACCGACCAUUGGAGGAGACCAAGAUGUGAAGGGGAAUCUAAUACAGUCUUCUGUGCUGGGCUUCAGAACAAGUGUGUACCUGCUACCAGCAAAUGAUAAUUUAGUAACAUUUGACCAUCACAUCUCUCAUAACUUACAAGCUGCACAAUUUUGUAAGCAAUUAGUAAAUAAACAAAAAGCCCUUCGUGUGGAUAUUCCCCCAUUUGUUUUGUGUCUUUUUUUUUAACUGCACCUACUACUCAGGAGGAGCUACAAUUAGACUCAUGCAAUGUGUUGUUAUGAUCUUAUUUUCAGUGUGGAAAACAUCAUUCUCUAAGGGUUGGGGGGGGGUGCAUGUUUGCUCCUGAGAAUUGUUGUCCUGUGCUUUUACAGACAUUAAACUCAAAUAUCCCUGAAUAAUAUUUUUCCCAUUUUCCUCUGGAGUUUCAAGCACAUUUGCAAGCUAAUACUAAUGGACAACUGCAGUUAUAAAUAGCAGCAUAUAAUUUGAUGUG